AUGGACACAGUCAAACAUGAAGAUAUCAUUCGUAAAAUUCCACCACUCGCGCCGCGCGGAGGUAAGGGUGACACGACAACAGAGCGCCGGGAUUGCGUGCACCGGUACAGUAAAGUGCACCAGGGAUCAGUGAACUGUCUGGCACCCUCGCAACAAAAGCACACUGUCGUCACUGCCGGGGGUGAUGGUAACGCCACCAUCUUCAACUACAGCACUGGAAAAGUACAGGCAUACAUGAGACAUGACGGCAAGGCAGUCACUGCAUUAGAGAAUGCUCCUCUGAUCAAUGGUGUGGUUACCGGGUGUAGAGACACUAAUGUAAGACUUUGGAACGGCACCACCGCUACACUGUUCCCCGGCCACUCCCUAGUAGUUACAGCUGUAGUCAUAACACCUGAUAACACUAGGAUACUAUCCGGCUCACGGGACAACUGUAUAAACGCCUGGGACAUCAAGACCGGCAAGCUGCUCUACUCAAUAGCUGAGAGCAGAAACUUGAUAACUGCAAUGAAACUCAUCCCUAACGAGAACAUUCUGGUCCAAACAAGCGAGGACAAGAGAGUUAGAUUGUGGGACACAAGGAAUCUGCAGCUCAUACACGUGUACCCCACGAAACACUACAUACAGACCUGCUGUGAUGUGGACAGUACUGGUAACUGUAUUGUUACUGGCAGUAACGGGUUUAACGGCUCGGGAUGCGAGGUGAGUUUGUGGGAUGUACGCUCUAAGAAACUACUGGGGGAUCUGCGUGGAAAUGAGCAAGGGGUUAACUGUGUUAAAUUCUUGUCUAAUUCUAGCGGCAACGUCGUUAUAUCUGGAUCUAAAGACAGUUUGGUGAAGUUGUGGGACAUUUCAAAACGAGAGUGCAUUCUGGAGAAACGUCUCCCUGGUAUGGGCUGCAUAACAGACUUGAUAUCCUAUCCUGAUGGUUCAGUCAUGUGUUCCACUAUGAAUGGUUGUGUACUCCUCACAUUGGACGAUAGGAACAUGAUCACUGAAACGGUGUGUUUUUAAUAGCCCGGUCGCACUGGUCGAUGUCGAUGCGUAGAACGUAGAAGUCGACAUUGAGACUAGUUCGGCCAACAUUGGUUAGUUAAUUAAUUUGUUAAUUAAUUGGAUAGUGAAUUGUCUGUAAUUUUCUUAGGGAGAACGACUAGUUCGACCAAUAGAAAACUCCAGUUAAUAAUUGUCUGUUAUUUGCUUUUGCUUGCAUGGUUUUUUGAUGAUAUUCUUUAUUUUUUAAAUGUAUUGGGUUUAUCUUGUCAGAUUUUUAUAUGGUCCGGUACUUUGAAAAUAAUCUGUUUUUCUUACGACGUUGCAUGGAAUUCAUGCAUAGUUUGCGUAUUUUGCAUAAUUUGCAAGGUUAUCUUCCUCUUUUGUAUUGUUGUUC